GUCUCUACACCAUGACAGUAUUUGAAACUGGCUAUUACAAAAUAAAUCGAGUGAGUUUGUGCCUUUGCGGUGUAUGGCCAGAACAAAAUUCAUUUCAAGCAUACAUUGCUCGUUUUUUAUUGUGGGGUGGGAUGGCAACAAUUAUGAUACCAGAAUAUGUUUGUUUAUAUAAAGCUUGGGUAUACGGCUCAUUUAUGGAAGAUUUUCUUCCUUGUAUUCCAACUCAAUUACUAAUAACCGCUGUUGCAGCAAAGUAUGUUGUUUUUGCAAUUUAUAAAAAAACGUUUCAAGAUACUAUUGAUAAAAUGCGAGUUGACUUUGAAUUUUUUGGUAAUACACCUGCUCGUAAAAUAUUGAAGGAGUAUGCUGAUAAAGGACGCACUCGUACAAUAUUCUAUGGAUGUUUUUUAUUUAUGAUAUUGACGACAUUUGUAGUGCCAGCAUUUUUGCCAGUUGUUUUAGAUAAAUUUAGGCCUCUCAAUGAGACUCGAAUACGACUGAAACUUCUUGAUACCGAUUACGGUGUUGAUCCCGAUGAAUAUUUUGUUCUUAUUACGAUUCAUGGAUAUAUUGCAUCAACAUUUUUGGUCCUUAUGCUGUGGAGUGUCGAUUCAUUUAUCAUGAUAAUGGUACAACAUUGUUGCAGUCUUUUUGUGAUUGUUGGUUUUACAUUAAAAAAAUUGGAUCAAGGAAACAAAAAGCAUACGGAAAAAUUCGAAAACGAUGUUCUUAUAAAUGCUCUUCAAGUACAUCAACAAGCUAUUGAGUUUGCUGAUUUUAUUGAAGCAUCGCUUAAAAAUAUGUAUGGAAUUGUGAUUAUAGAAAAUAUGCUUGCAAUAAGUAUCACUGGUCUUGAAACAAUAAAGCAAAUGGAUCAAACAGAUCAAGCAAUGAGAUUUGCUGCUUUUGCAUUUGGACAAAUGGUACAUUUAUUUUUCAACAGUUUACCGGGUCAAGAACUUGUUGAUCACAGUACUGGUCUUUUUGAUUUAGUAUACGAUUGUCAGUGGGAAUCAUUAUCAAUCAAAUCGAAAAAAAAAAUUCUCUUUAUUCUUAUGCGAAGUGCAAAACCAAAAAGUUUAACGGCAGGUGGUUUUUAUGAAUUGAAUCUACAACAUUGUGGUGCUGUUUUGAAAACAUCGAUGUCUUAUCUGACUGUUCUUUCGUCAAUGCGUCAAUAA